GCGGGGAGAAGGAAUCUGGGGAGUGGGGUGUGAUCAUGGGCACGCAGCUCCCAUGUGGUGGGAGAUGGUGGCACUGCACAGGGAUGAGCUUUGGCUCGCUGGCGUGGGAGGCAGCAGGGGCCUGACCCAGGUGUGGGGACAUGGGGCCACCUAAGGCCAUCAGCAGUGAUGCUGAUAGCUGUGCCUGUGCCACCCUGUGGCACCUGUGGGGUUUAGCUGGUCCUGAACACAUCAAGAGUGAGAUAAGGGGACCUUGUGCCCUGGCGGAUGGUGGCCUGAGGGGUGCAGUGUCCUGGGGGAGUCGGUGCUCAGGGUUGGGGGGCAGCAGAGCUGCCCAGCACCCACUGGCAGCACCUUGGCUCAGGGGCUGCCCACCAGCUGUGCUCCAGGACGGACCCUGCCCGUUCCUAGAGCAGGGCCAGGUGUCCCUGCCAUGUCCCUGCCAUGUCCCUGCCAUGUCCCUGCCAGCACACGAGGGGCAGAUGUGGCCAUUCCCAGGCAGGACGGGGAGUGCGAUAAGAGGGGCACUGGGGCUGAGGAGCCACAGCGUGGGACAGUCCCCACAUGGCAGUGGCAGGCGGGGUCACUCCAAGGUCCAUGGUGCGGACACCAUAAGAGGGGUGAGCGGCCCCGAUGUGACACCUUUGGUCAGCACAGCCAUGCUGGGAGCCGUCUGCCUCGUCCUGCUGCUGGGCUACGCCUACGGAUGCGGCCAGCCGGCCGUGCCACCACAGCUGGGCUCCCGCGUGGUGGGCGGUGAGGACGCCGUAGCCCACAGCUGGCCAUGGCAGAUCUCCCUGCAGUACAGCCGCUAUGGGUCCUGGUACCACACUUGUGGAGGGACCCUCAUUGCCCCCCAGUGGGUGCUGACAGCUGCCCACUGCAUCAGCUCCUCCAUGACCUACCGUGUGGUGCUGGGCAAGCAGGACCUGUCUGUGGAUGACGAGCCCGGUUCUGUGGCCGUGGCAGUGGAGAAGACGAUCGUCCACGAGAAAUGGAACUCCUUCCUCAUCAUCAACGACAUUGCCCUGGUCAAGCUGGCAGAGGAGGUGCAGGAGAGUGACACCAUCCGUGCCUCCUGCCUGCCCGACGCUGGCAAGAUCCUGCCCAACGAAUACCCCUGCUACGUCACCGGCUGGGGACGCAUCAGGACCAACGGGCCCCUGGCUGACAUCCUGCAGCAGGCUCUGCUGCCCGUGGUGGACUAUGAGACCUGCUCCCAGAGGGACUGGUGGGGCGACCUCGUGCUCGAGAACAUGGUGUGUGCCGGUGGCGACGGCGUCGUCUCUGGCUGCAACGGCGACUCUGGCGGCCCCCUGAACUGCCAGCGCGAGGACGGCACCUGGGAGGUGGAAGGCAUCGUCAGCUUCGGCUCCGGCCUGGGCUGCAACGUGGCCAAGAAGCCCACAGUGUUCACCAGAGUGUCUGCCUUCAUCGACUGGAUCAACGAGAAAAUGAGCACCAACUGAGGACGCGGCAUGUUGAGAUACCACUGUUGACCAAAAUAAAAGCAAAAGUGCUG